UUUAACUUCCUGUUGUGGUUUUGCGGAAGCUUUGGUACCAACAAAAGACAAUAUUUACACCUAAAUUUCGGAAGUGGAGUAUUUUAAUGAUGUGAAUAAUAUACAUGACACUACCAUGAUGCUACAUAUCGGGAUGGAAAGUCGCUGGUAGCGUGAGAAAGGCCUAGCUAUGUUGUUGACGUGAAGGUCACCAACACCGACACCUGCCGUAGCUUCAGGAGCAUUUCAGAAAUAUAGUCAAUCUUUUCAAUCAUGGUUUCGUGAUGUGUUUUUGUUACUUGAUCGAGCAACAGUAGGAAUGUUUCCUGCAACAGGAUCAGAGAAUCUCUUCUCCGAAGAAAAUGCUGCGAAAUGGAAAGGCAUAUUCGUCAGCGCGUUGCAUGGGGUCCACCAGCAGGUGCACCCAUCUCUUGUGGCGAAGGAUGACGCUCUGGACUAUAUUGAAAGCCUCAUUCUGAAUCUGUUGGUCACACUUUGUGUAUCACACCCACACUCGGUACAGGACAUCAUCGACCGAGUCAACAAGACCUUUCCUGACCCUAUCGACAAAUGGGCAAUCCGUGACGCAAACAGCGCCUUAGAGAAAGGUCGCAAGAACACCCCACUUGUCCUGCCUGUGGAUAAAAUCCACACCCUCCUCAUCAAGGAGGCUCUUGGAUACAGGAUCGAGUUCCAGGUAACUCUCUAUAUUGUUGCUGUGCUGGAAUACAUAGCUGCUGAUAUACUUAAGCUGACGGGGAACUACGUAAGAAAUAUCAAGCAUGCCGAGAUUACGUCCCAGGACAUCAAGGUGGCUAUUUGUGCUGACCAGGUUCUCAUGGACAUGUUCUCCCAGGAGGAAGAUGUGUCACUUCCUGUUGUGGAGGAACCAAUCAAAACGGAGUCCUUGAAAUAUGAGGAUAUCGUCAAAGAUUUUAUACAUGAAGAGACGCAGUACAUGAGAGACUUAAACAUGAUAAUCAAGGUCUUCAGAGCUCCAUUUGUCAGGCACUUUCCAAGGAGCAAGGACUUGGAAGUGAUAUUCAGCAACAUACUGGACAUCUAUGAGUUCACUGCCAAUCUGUUGAGUUCAGUGGAAGAACAGGUAGAAAUGGCUGCGGAGAAAGACCUUCCACUGGUCGGAAUCUGUUUCUUAGAUAUGGCAGAGGAGGAGGCAUUCAAUGUAUAUGAAAAAUAUGUGGAUGACAUGUUGGCGCCUCAUGGAAAGGAACGACUUUACACCCUGCUACAGAGGGAGGAUCUCAAUGCUACUCUUCAGAAUGAAGGCCAUGGAUUUAAGGACGCCAUGAAGUAUGUACUCCCGAAGUUGUUACUUGGACCCAUAUACCAUUGUCUCCACUACUUCGAGGUCAUCAAGGCCCUGAUCAGUACGAGUCCUAAUGAGGAGGACCAAGAGAGUCUAGAACAGGCCAGUGGACUUCUCACCUUCCUCAAGGCUAUGUUGGAACGCAAAUUCUCCGGGAAUCUGCCAAAGAAGAAACCCUGGGAGACAUCACUCCGACUCCAGGGUAAAACUGGACGCCAAGCUGUUGUACAAAAAAUGUCCGAUCUCCAGAAAAGUAUAGAUGGUUGGGAAGGCAAAGACAUCUGGCAGAGCUGUAGUGAAUUCAUUCUAGAGGGUGUUCUCAGCAAGCAAGUGAGGGGCAGACCUACAGAACGCCAUGUCUUCCUGUUUGAUGGCCUGAUCAUCAUGUGUAAACAGAAUAUGAGACGCACCUCCGUCACCAGUGCUUCUGGAGACUUUAAACUCAAGGAGAAGUUCUUGAUCAGAAAAAUAGAGAUUCGAGACAGAGAGGAUACUGAGGAGUGCAAGCACUGCUUUGAGAUCCAGCUGCGUGACCAUACCAACAAUGGUGUUCUAUUGAGUUCUAAGUCUGCCGAGGAUAAAGCCAACUGGAUGGCCGCUUUAAUUUCAUUACAGACAAGGAGUAUGUUAGAGAGACGGUUAGACAGCAUCAUCCGUGACGAGGAAAAGCUUCAGCCUCUCAAGUUACCUCCCCCUGAAAUUUACAGAUUUUCUGUGGAGGAUUCACAAGAAAACAUUGUGUUUGAGGACCGGCGUCAGCUGCCCAUUGAGAGCCCUCUCAUCAAAGGGGGCCUACUACUGAAGCUGGUGGAGAGGCUCACCUAUCACAUGUACGCCGACCCCAAGUUUGUCAAGACAUUCCUCACCACCUACCGAUCUUUCUGUAAACCUCAUGAACUCCUUGAGCUUCUCAAACAAAGGUUUGACAUACCAGAGUUUCCCUUAAAAUCCCAGACAGAACUACCGGAGCAAGAGAGCCAGCAAGCUCGUGAUGAUCUGAAGAGAUUCCGUAAGGAGUACAUCAAACCGGUGCAAUUUCGAGUGGUGAAUGUGUUGCGACACUGGGUUGACCAUCACUACUACGACUUUGAGCGGGACAUGUCUCUACUCUACAAACUCCAGGAGUUCCUUGCUGGGGUCAAGGGUAAGGCCAUGAAGAAGAUGGCCGAGUCCAUUAUCAAGGUCAUUCAUCGGCGCUUUGAGAGCCAAAGCACAGAGCGCGAGUUCACCUAUCAGAAACCUCUACCCAAUGUUGAGUGGCAUUUGACAAGAGAACCCAAGGCAUUUGACCUCAUGACGCUACAUCCCAUAGAGAUUGCGCGUCAGGUGACCUUGUUGGAGUUUGACCUUUAUCGUGCUGUACAACCCUCAGAGCUGAUUGGCUGUGCAUGGAUGAGAAGUGACAAGCAAAAUACGUCUCCUAACCUGUUAAAGAUGAUAGCAUUUACCAAUAAUUUUACGUUUUGGAUGGAGAAAUGCAUUGUGAUGGCGGAGAAUAUAGAGGAGAGGGUGGCCAUUGUGUGCCGCAUUUUAGAGAUUAUGCUCGUUUUCCAAGAGUUGAACAAUUUUAAUGGUGUUUUAGAAAUAGUUAGUGCAAUAAAUUCCGCUCCAGUGUACCGACUGGAACAUACCUUUGAGGAGAUCCCUCAUAGGUUUAUGAAGUCUUUCAAUGAAGCCAGGGAACUCAAUUCUGAUCACUUCAAGAAAUACGUUGAAAAACUAAGGUCUAUAAAUCCUCCAUGUGUACCGUUUCUUGGAAUGUAUCUAACAAAUAUAUUGAAAAUUGAGGAGGGCAAUCCAGAUUUUCUUCCAAAUAGGCCCGAAGGGAUAAUCAAUUUUAGUAAGCGACGGAAAGUUGCCGAGAUAACCGGGGAAAUACAGCAAUAUCAGAAUCAGCCGUACUGUCUAAGGGAACCAGACAUGCGGGAAUUCUUUGAGAAAUUAAGUCCUAGAGAAGGCAAGACAGAGAAAGAAUUCAACGACUCAUUAUAUAACAAGUCGUUAGAAAUCGAGCCAAGGGGAGCAAAACAGGCGCCAAAAUUUCCAAGGAAAACAGAGUACAAUCUAAAAUCUCCAGGAACGAAGGCCAUGUCCACUCGACAUGGGGCAUCAGUCAAAGUUUUCCCCUUCACCACUUUCAAGGACCCUGGUUAUACACAAAUCAAAGAGGAGGAAGUGGAAGCUGCUUCACCCCACUGUACCACCCCUCCAACACCAUCCACCCCCCUCACACCACCCGCUAACGCUGGCUCAGACAGUGUGUUCGCACCGGUCGUUCUAGGCCAAGGUGAUGCCCUGACCAGCAGUACCUGGACACUCAGUACUAUGACAUCCUCCGGUUCCAUGACUAGUAUCAUACAUCCACAUAGUUCGCACACAGUGCCGUCACCACUAGUCCUUGACAAGCCCAUCAGCCUACAGCCCCCACCACUGCCACCCAGGAAACGCAACAGAGACUCCACCAAUAGUGAUGUGUUCUUUACCCAUAAUGCCCCUGACCCUCCACAGAUCCCCCCACGUGGUAACCCCCCACCCCCUGUGCCCCCAAGGAAGGACUCCAUGUUUAGCACACUUCCUCGCUCCCACAGUGUUUCGCAACAAACCCGUAACUCUUCCAGCAGUUUGUUGGCUCACAAUAACUUAAGUGCGACAUUGCCGCGGUGUAACACUGCGGACAAGGACACAAGCACACGCCCACUGCUAGCAAGCAUGUUAAAUGUGAAUGGGGACAAUGCCGUGGUCAUCCCCGGUCAGUCAGUCACUCCAAAACUACCACCAAGGACUUACCGUAUCGCACAUUCUCGACAGAAGAGUAGUUAGGUAGGCUUGGAUCAUUGACCGUCUGGCAGAGAAAAUGUCACUAGCUUAACAUUAAGACAAAGACUUGGUGAGUGAAUAAAUUUUCACCGGCAUUGAGUCAAUAUAUGAACUAGUGCUAACGGCAAAGCCUUGACGUGUGCAGGACUCGGUCUGUCCGGCAAACUACAAAUGUGUUCGUGACAGCAAUCCUGGAUUUGGUGGGAUAUUUAAUUCCAAAACAGUUCAGUUUGUUUCGUGAAUAAAAGAUGCUAUUGGAUGUCAGUCUGUUUUAACAUAAUUCUACAUAAACAUUGUUUCCAGUGUCGGAGCUUAUCGUCUGAUGGUGGCCAUUUGUUGAGGAAUAGUUUCUUUUCAAGAGUGAAUUCUUGUAAAAUGCAUUAUUAAUUAUUAUGUUACUUUUUGUGUUGUCUGUCUACACUACAGACAAUCCACUGUGCCAAAAGUGUUUCAUAUGUUCAAUACUUGUGCUACAUGUGUACGUGGGCCUGGGGCCAGAUAUGUUUGUGAGGGGGGGGGAGAGAGAUUCAAACAUAAUCAAAAAUGUCAUGGGCCGAUUAUAGAGUGUCGCUUUAAGUAGGGGAGAAGUCGAUUCGUAGCUUCUUGCUGUACACAAUUGUUGUGAUGUGGUAGUAUAAUAUCAAUGUAUAGUUAUCUGGACGCUUGUGAGAAUGAUCUUCAAGGUACAUUAAUUAAUCAUAUAUGUGUGAUAAAGUGCUGUCUCGAUACAUUGUUACAUCUGGUUCAGAUUCAUAAUUCCUUUCCUUAAAGAGUUUAUCCUGUUUUAAGUCCAGGAGUCCAACUUUGACAUUAUGUAGACAAUGAGUUUAGAGCAUCUUUUGCUGGACUGCAUUGAUGGGCUUAAUUCCAGGCAUGGGCUUAUUACCAGAAAAGUACACUACAUUUUUAUCAGAUUUCUACAGAAUAACUAAUUAGGAAAUGAAGCCUGGCUUACUUCUGAAUCAUAUCUCAAGUUCAGACCUUUUUAUUUCAAACAUUGAUUGUAAUUAAAAUCAAGAAUAAUUAAACAUUUUUAUCGAAGAUGAUUUGUUUUUCAAGACAUGAAUGGCAUUUUUGCACAUACCACUAAGCAAACAUGUUUAGGAAUACCAACUUUACAUAAAGAUUGGAACUAUGAAGACAUUUCCAAAACGAAAAUGCCACUUACUGUUUAAGAAUUUGAUAAUUGAGUUAUCAGGUUAAAAUUGUUGCUUAAUAAGCUUUUGUCUGUUGAUGUUUAGUUAUAGGAAUAUUUGUUAAUGAUACAUUUAUAUGCCAUGCAAAGUUCAUCUUUGUCGAAAACAGAACCGCUAUGAUAUAGAAAGUCUCAAUACUACAGCAAAAUACAAUCAACCUUAAGCUUUCAGUUAUGAUUAUAACUUUCAUUCAGAAUUAUCUUGUAUCAGUGUGGCCAUUUAUUGUAAGGUUGGAGCUAUAAACGAAGUUAAAACCAAAGCUUUAAUUUAGUAUUCUUAACUCUCUGUUCUUUAUUUGGUUAAGCAGACAGUGUCAAUUUGAGCUUUAAUUUGACUAGAGAGAAUGAGGUCAGUGCUCUCCUCGGAAGAAAAGCACAGUUUGCUUUCAAGCUUACAUAAUGAACUAAUUUAAUAUUCAGAUGAAAUUGCAUAUCGGAGGUUGAUGGCCGUCAAUACUGGAAUGAAAGGUUAUGUAUCUAAGGUAGAAAAUGUUCUGACAUAUAUACACAAAGUUUGGCCAUACGGUUUCUGUACAUUUGUCUGUUCUGGUGUAUGUUGUGUACCCAUGCCUAAUUAUGACUGUCCCAAUGAAGGUUAUCGAUGCUCUUUAAAGUGAAAGUCCACUUACAGCUCCAUAACUUUCAUCACAGGGACCAGACACUUUGAUAUAAAGAAAAUGUUUGAUAAGAAUAACAAUUAUAAAAUUGUGAUUUGACCAUCAUACCACUGUGUCAAGUCCCUGUGAGUGUAGUUAGAUACCGAAAGGAAUAAUGUUAAGUUUGUUUUUACCCUCUGAAGAUGGCGGAAAUGUGAAGUACAAAAAUAUAGCUGACAUAAUUUUGGUCUUCCUCAACAGCCAUUGUUGUGGUAAUUUGGCUCUAAAUCUUAUACAAUGUACUCUAUGUGAUUAGUUUUAUAUCCAAUUAAUUUGUAUUAAUUAAUUUAACUUCAAUGAAGUUAAUAGAAAAAUUACUGCAGAUAUACAUAAUGUACACAAGAAGUAUGGAAAUUGUCCAACUUUUUUUUUUAUCAAAAUUUAAGCUUAAGGAAGUCUGAAAAGACUACCCAGAUACUGUCCCAGAUCGGAAUCGGAUAUCGAUCAUCAAACUCCUUAAUUAGUAGCUGUUGUUCCAAGGGUUUAUUUUGUGAUAUACAAUCAUGUACUAGCUUAACAUUCACUGACAGUUUAAGAUCAACAGCCACUACUUCACCGUGAACCAGUAACUACCCAUUAAAAAUGUGAUAAGACAAGCCAUUUAAAUCCCAUGAAAAGAGGAAAUACAGUCCAUCCCUGUUAAACCGCCACCUUUAGUCCACGGCAAUUUUGGCAGUGUAACGAGGGUGGUGAUAGUAUAGAAAUUUGAUGAAAUAUAACAAAAAGGUGAUAUUCUGUUCCCCUUAAUUUAUUAUUUUUGGUAAAAUGCAUAGAAAAGUCUCAAAUCGAGCCGUGGUUAGACAGUUAAAAAAUAUGCAUGUGCAUGCAUGUAUUCGGUUUAACUACAUGACCAUGAAGAAAUCAGUUAAACUUAAAACUCUUUAUAGAAGAUUUAACAACAGGACAGCACUAACAAUAUGAAUUGGAAGCCAAAACAAAGUUGUACUGCAAAGAUAUAUUGUUGGAUACUGAAUAGAUAUGAGCGACUAUGGCGUACAUACUCACUCAGACUAGAAAAAUCUUGAGUUUAUGGUUUUUAGGAAGUUUUGGUUGUCAAGUACAUAUGUACUGAAAACUUUGAUUUUGAUGUCUUUUAAGUUAAUUUGAAAUUAAUUUUCACUCUAUGGUUUCAAGUUACAUUGUACAAGUGUACCAGGAAGAAUUAAGGUUUGGGUACUUAGUACAUGUGCACUGAAAUAUUUAGAGAUUUAACAUGGAGUUUUGGAUUAUUGAGUACAGGCCUUGUAUAUUGAAAGCUUAAAGGUUUUUGAGUUUCGAAUACUCCUGCAAUGAAAGCCUCAGUUUGGUGGUUAUGUUCACUGAGAACAAUAACAGAAUUUGGUUUCACGAUAGUAAGUAUAUUUACCUGCUGAAAUUAUCAGGAGUAAAUUAUUACCGGUAAACUCAGGUUUUAUGAAAACUAUGGAAUCGUACUGACACAUAUGUGCUGGGAGUUUUCAGGAGUCGAUUGUGUAGGACGAGUUUGUUGUUAUAGUUGUUACCAAGCGACACAUGACACAUGCUUACAGAUGAGCUCAAACGUGAAAUCUCAGGGGGUGCAGAAAUGAGUCAUCAUGGUGCAGGGAGAUAUCUCAGGUUGGCUGCAGUGGGCACUCAGGUUUGUCCUGAAAAGCAAUAGUGUAAAAUGUGCAGGGAUGUUAUCUGGUUCAAACGUGUCACAAUUAAUUGUUGUAAUUACCUUUUGUAUGUCUCCUGUAUGUCCCCGUUUGUCUCUUAUAGUUACUACGGAUUUACUUACCACACAAGUGUGUAUGUGUUUUAGGUUGUUAGCAAAUCUAUGUCGCUGUUUAUCUGAGCUGACAUGCUGAAAUCAACUGUGUUACAUUGAUUUGAAAGAAAAGUAGAAUUGUUUUUUUUAUUUCAAAUUUGGCAAUAUUAUCAGUGUUUUUGGAUCAUGAAAUUGGAAAGAUUUUUUUUUUUUUUUUUUUCAAAUUCCACCAUUUGAACCUGGAACAGAUGUGCUUUGUUUAAUUUAUGUAUAAUAAUGUUGAGAAUUUGUGUAUACAUUUUACACAAUGGCUGACAGUACAGUACUUAUCAAUAUUUAAAAACAUAGUGUACUUCAGACAGAAUUACCUAAAAAAUGUUGCAUUUUAUCAUCUGCUUAAAACUUGGACUAACAUUUCACCUUUAGUUUUUGGCAGAAGCUUAGAUGAAAUACAUGUCUUAUUGUAUUAUAAUGUUACAUUUCCAACCAUACUUCUCUGCGAAAUUAUUUUAUGAAAAGCAUAUUCUAUUGUUUUUAACUAACAGUUUCUCGCAAACUCUCGAACUGAUACUAACUUUUAAAGAAAGCACUUUCUUCUAGAUAAUGAGUGCUUUGGGGUGAUUUUUUUUACUUUUCAAGUUAAAUUGGAGAAGUAAAACUUUAAAAAAAAACUUUGAAUUUGAAAGUAAAUUCAUACUAUCAAAUCAAGGAUUUACUGUUGCUUUGAAUAUCAUUAGAGUGUAUAGUCAGCUGGACCAGAUGCAAUAUUCAUAGUUGAUCAAAUUGGACAUUUAAAGUGUUUUGGUUGGUGAUGAGCUACCCUAUUUUACCUGUGUCAAGCCUGGGGACUUCGUAUAGGUAUUGGAGAAGAUGGGGCUAGCCUGAUUGGGCUGAGUGGUGUGUAUAUGCAGAAAGAGAGUAUUUUGACAUUGGUGUAAACCAAAAGGACAAAAAAUGUAUGUCACCUGAGAGAUAAAAUAUUCAUAACAUUUAAAUUAAAAGAGAAUGAGAAAAAUUCCAAAGAAGUAAGAAUAAAUACCAAAGCUGGACUUGUCACAGGUAACGAGGUGUACACUAAUUGUUGUAAGUGAUCUUAUAACAAGACAAUGAGAUUGCUGGGUAUGGGGAGUGCAUGAUGGAGGAUAGCACUAUGAGUGGUCGGAGUGGUAUUGUGGUAAAGCCGUACCGCAGGAUGGAUGUGUGUGAGUUUAGCUGCUGAGCAGUGGGAGAAAGUGAGAAUAUGUGAGAGUGUGAGAAACAUUAGAUAUAAGUAACUGUAGUCACCAUUUAGUGAAGUUGGUUUGAUCGGACACAAUGUACUUAACGUGUUAAUAAGAUCGGCACUGUUUCUGUUACAUAAGGAUACGAUCUGGCUUACCGUGAACUCUGACUUGUAUAACAUGUACCCCAUCCUAAAAAUUACAGGGCUUGUGUUCAUGUAAUGCUCCUGACACCAAGAUAACAUGGUAAGAUUUCAAGAAUGAAACCCUUGGAUUUUGAAGUUGUGUGUGAACCCAACACUGUCGGAUGUUACCAAGUAAAUCCUGAAUAUGGCUGAAACAGUCCUUAUCUACUGUACUGUAGAAUUUAAUUCUGAAGAUUUGUAUACCCCUGCAACACUGUCAGAUGCUACGUUCCACUAAAUCCCAAAUGUUAUAGAAUCAAUCCCGGUCUCCUUUACUGUAGAACUGGAUUUUGAUGUUGUAUGUACUCAACACUGUCAGACACUACCCACUAAAUCCCUACUGCGACGGAAUCGAUCCUGGUCUCCUUUACUGUAGAACUGGAUUUUGAUGUUGUAUGUACUCAACACUGUCAGACACUACCCACUAAAUCCCUACUGCGACGGAAUCAAUCCUGGUCUCCUUUACUGUAGAACUGGAUUUUGAUGCUGUGUGAACACUGUCAGACAUUACCCAGUAAAUCCCCACUGUGACAGAAACUACCCCAGUCUCCUGUACUGUAGAUUUGGAUCUUGAUGUUGUGUGUACUCAACACUGUCAGACAUUACCCAGUAAAUCCUCAUUGUAACAGAAACAAACCCGAUCUUCCGUACAUUUGUCUGCGAUAGACUGCUGCCAGGCUCCAUCAGCUGUUGUGGAGAUGUCGUCUGCUCCAUCAGCUGUUGUGGAGAUGUCGUCUGCUGCAUCAUUGCAGUGUCUUUAUACUUGAUCAAUAGAAUAACACUUUGCCAAACAAUAUGUACAUGUUAUGAAAAACAAAAAAAAAUGUUGUUUUUAAUUCGUAACAUAAAUGUUGAUAAGAUGUAUAUGUAAACUUUAAUAUGUAUCAAAUGUCAAAUAAAAUAAAAUGGGAUAACCAUUGCAAUUGUGAAGUAUG